AUGGACUUUGAGCUUCAAGAAGAGCUGCAGGGCCUGCAAGACCUGGCCAACUACGAGAUCCCCAACGAACACGAUAUCCCUUCGCUCGACGCCCGCUCGGUCGCCCACGUCCUCGAGAAUGCCGUCGAGGCUCUCGCCGAGUCGUCCGACGCUAUCGCGGAUCCCCAGGUCUUCGAUGCGUACCGCAGUAUGCUGAAACACGCGGAGACGCUGCCUGGCCCGCUCAUGAGCAAGAUGCUCGACUCGAUCACCUCAGGCUUUCAGGCGCAGGUAGAAGCGACCAACCGGGACUUGGACACGGAAGACCAACAGACGAUCGCGGCUCACAAGAAGGCACUGGAGAUGUACGGCUUUCUGUUGAAUUGGUUUGUUGGUGCAGCAGAGAAGGUGAAGGGCCCCGGAGAAGAGGACGGCGCUGCCGCACCGGCCCCGAAGGCGCGGAGAGGGAGAGGGGGGAAGGCGGGUACCUCGAGACCGGCGGCGAGACGGAACGCAGAAGAGUGGACGUGGGUAGACCAAAUCCCGCCAACAUUGUCGCUGAUCAGCAAGGUGCUGCGACUGAAGACGCAACGAAUAUGGCAGACAACUGGUGAGCGCGACACUUUCAUCAACUGUAUCACCCGUCCAGCGUACCACGUUACUGAGAGCGAACAAUACAUGAAGUCCAUCCACAUCCGCACCGGUGUCUACAAAGUGAUAUGUCUGGCUGUCAAGUCGCAUGGCCAUGGCCUCGCCGCGCAGAUCAGCAUCAUGCAGUCUCUGCAGUACUACGAGCACCUUUCGGAGCCGAUGGCGGACCUGCUCGUUGUCCUUGCCAAGGAGUUCGACCACGCGCAACUUGGUGACGAGAUCCUGCGAGAAAUAGCAGCGAAGAGCUUCAGUGCACAGGACUCGAAGGGCCCCAGGGCGUUCUCCCGCUUCCUUGUGCGACUCGCCGAGAACACACCCCGCUCGGUGCUGAAGCAAAUCAGUCUGUUGCUCGGGCACCUGGACUCCGAAUCCUACCCGAUGCGCAUGGCCAUAGUCGAAGUCAUCGGCUGCCUGAUCCGCGAGCUCUCCGCCACAUCCGAAGCAUCCAACGACGACCAGCAAACGCGCAAGCAGCUCGAGGGCCUCUUCGAGCUCCUCAUCGAGCGCGUGAUCGACGUGUCGUCCUACGUCCGCACCAAGGUGCUGACCGUCAUGACCCGCCUGUGCGACCUGCAGCAGAAGUUCCCGCAGCAGCGCCUCGCGAUGACGCGCGCUGCGGUGGACUCGCUCGAGGACAAGGGUGCGACGGUGCGCAAGGCGUCGGUGGUCCUACUCGUGAGGCUGAUCGAGACGCACCCCUACGGUCUGAUGUACGGAGGGGAGCUGAACCAGCUGGAGUGGGAGGCUAGGUACAAGGAGGUGUGCGCACAGCUGCAGGAGUUGGAGGGUGUGGUCGGGCGAGCUGCGGAGCGGGAAGGCAGCCAGGAAGAAGAGAACGAGGAGCAAGAGGAGGAGGAGGAAGUAGGGGAGAGGGGGAAGAGGAUGGUGAGCGAAGCCGCAAGUCUCGUAAGCGGUGAAUGCGUUUGUCCUCCAUCGCUGAGGAAAGUGUACUCAUUCCCGCAAUCCAGCUCGAAGAAAAUCAAGAGCGAAGAUGAUGACGAGAUGGAUGUGGACGAGGAAGAGGAAGGGGCAGAUCAAGAGGAAGAUCGCAUGGACGAGGACGAGGAUGAUGAGCAGCCGCGCCCGCCAAAGAAGAAGUCCAAGAAGAAAGCACGCAAGUCUGAGAUCGACAUGGUCGCUCUUACCAAUGAGCAGGAAGCUCUUGCUGCUCUGGAGGGCGACAAGAUCCUUCACCUGCGUCUACGCAAGAAGUACUGCUCGGAAGGUCUUACCUACAUUCGCCAGGUGGAGGAGGGCAUGCAGACGGUGCAGAAACUGCUCGCUUCGACCAACAAGCUCGAGGUCUUGGAGGCGAUGGACUUCUUCAAGACUGCUCAUGACUACAAAUUCGAAGGUGCAGAGGCUGGGAUCAAGAGGAUGCUGCACUUGAUCUGGUCCAAAGACAACUCGCAAACGUCCGACGAAGGCAAAGAGCUCAAAGGUGUUCGCUCACGUCUCCUUGAGUGCUAUCGCCAGCUGUACUUCGACCCGGUGGCAGAUCUGGACCCCAAGGGGAACAUCAACCGCAUCACCAAGAACAUGAUUGAGUUGACCUACGGAGCAACGCUUGCUGAACUGACUAGUUUGGAGGAAAUGAUGCGCAUUCUCAUGGACGACAAUCAGGUUCAUACGGACGUCAUCAAUAAACUGUGGCAAGUCUAUGGCUCGGAGCGACCGUUGCCGAGGCCACAGCGGCGGGGUGCCGUCAUCAUCCUCGGUAUGCUUGCGCUUGCACGGAGAGGUGUGGUCGCAGAUCGUGUAGAGACACUCGUCAAAACAGGGUUGGGCAAGCUGGGAAUGGCGGAUCUCACACUGGCGAAGUACACCUGCGUUGCUCUGCAGAGGUUAAAUGGUAGUGCGAAGAAAGUCAAAGGGUCACUGCUGGACAAGUCUUUGCGACUGGACAUGGACAACCCGCUCUUCCGCAAGCUGCAAGAUGCGAUCGAACAUCCAACUCGGUCGAAGGAUUGGUUCAGCAUGACAGAACAAGCCAUCAACACCAUCUACGCGCUGGGCGAGCGACCGGACGUCGUCUGCGAUACCAUCAUCAAAAACCUCACACGGCGCGCCUUCGCUGCUCAGGCGCGCGCAAAGACGCCUCAGCCGAAGGAUCCUGACGCUAUGGACGAGGAUGAGUCUCAAGAGACCGUGAAUGAGGGAGCAAACGCUUCGCAGGCGGACAACUCUCAGGCCAAUGACUCUCAGUCAGACGAGUCCAAGGACACUGGUGACGCAUUCGUCCUCAGCCAGCUUCUCUUCGUAGUGGGCCACGUUGCUAUUAAGCACAUUGUCUACCUCGAGCUGGUAGAACGCGAGUGGAAGCGCCAAAAGCACGAGAAAGAACUGGCGGAGAAAGCAGCCAAGAAGGGUGGCGCGGCAAAUGCAGCCAAGGACCAAGAGGAGUUGGAUCAAGUUGCUGGCAACGCAGAAGACGAGAUCGGUGACAGGAUAGCAGGCAUCCGAGAAUCCGAGCUGCUGUAUGGCCCGGAAUCGCUAUUGGCGAUCUAUGGACCCAUGACAGUGCAUAUAUGCGGUAGUCCACACAAGUUCAAGAAUCGAACCCUCCGUGCAGCAGCGACUCUGGCGUUCAGCAAAUUCCUCUGUAUCAGCUCCAAAUUCUGCGAUGAACACCACCAUCUACUUUUCAAGAUCCUUGAGACGUCAAAGGAUCCAAACAUCCGUAGCAAUAUCGUGAUUGCGCUCGGAGACGUCGCUGUGUCGUUCAACAACAUCGUUGACGAGAACAGCAAUGAACUCUACAAGGGCCUCUCCGACAUCGAUCUCGUCGUCAAGAAGAACACGCUGAUGGUGUUGACCCACCUUAUCUUGAACGGCAUGAUCAAGGUGAAGGGACAGCUGGGAGAAAUGGCGAAGUGCCUUGAAGACGAGGAUGAGCGGAUAGUCGAUCUCGCGAAGCUGUUCUUCUCGGAACUGUCUACCAAGGACAAUGCUAUCUACAACAACCUUCCGGAUGUGAUCAGUCAUUUGUCCGUAGGCGCCCAUGCUGUUGAAGAGCCCUCCUUCCAAAGCACCAUGCGAUACAUCUUCACAUUCAUUGAGAAGGAGAAGCAAGCGGAGAACAUCGUCGAGAAGCUCUGUCAACGCUUCCGACUCACGGAGGACCCUCGCCAGUGGCGGGACAUCGCCUUCUGCUUGUCCCUCCUGCCAUUCAAGUCCGAGCGCUCGGUCAAGAAGCUCAUCGAGGGCCUGCAGUUCUACCGCGAUAAGUUACACGAGGAGACCGUCUUCGCGCGAUUCCAGGAGAUCCUCACGAAGGCUCGCGCGAACAAAUCAGCCAACAAGCCGGACGCAGAGCUGAAUGAGUUCGAGAGCAUCCUCGAGGAGCACAAGCGACAGGGAGAAGAGGACCAAGCGUUCGAGAAGAGGGUCGAGGGCAAGAAGGCUGCAGCCAAGAAGCGUGCUACUCGGAGAACUCGUAAGAAGGCGACACCCAAGGUUGAAGAGGACGACGAGUAA